AUGGCUCAAAGCCAGACAAGCUUCUCAGAGCACACCAACACACUCUUCUCCAUGGCACAAGACCUCUCCCAGGAGUUCGGCGCCUACAUCAUCGUCGUCACGUUCUCCCCCACUGGCGAGCCCAAAGCCUAUGGAGCACCCACCGCCGACUCUAUCCUCUGCACCUACCUCCCCGAGAUCCAUAGCUUGCCAUCUCCAACUUAUUCUAAAACAGCGGGGGAGAUGAGCGCGGGGAAACAGAACUGGUGGGAGGUGGACGUGGAAGCUCUCAGGGUGGACGAGCUGCCAGUGUUUGUGAGGGCGUUGGAGGUUCUAAGGACAGACGUCCAACGCCACCUCGACGCAAUGGAAUCAUCCCGGAAGGAGAAUAUGCAGCCUUAUGUUAGUGCUCUCACUGCAAGAUAA